AUCAACCCGGUUCAGUUCAUUGUAGACUCUCUUCUCCCUUCUCACUCUGCACUUCAUCUACUACGAAGAAGAAGGCACCAUGCCCGCAAAUUCAUCACUCCUUAUCCUACACCCACGUCUCUUCCUCUUCCUCGCGAGACCUCCCGUACCUGCCGCCGCUUUCCACACUUAUGUUCACCGAUUUCCUCUCCCUUUUUCAUCUGCUUCAACAUAUUCACGACCUCUUUCAGCUAGUUAUCCCGCUCUUCCAAUUUCGGCUAACUUCCGAGCCCGCCAUUCGUCAUCUUCAUCCGCCGCUUCUUCGGAUACUUUUAACCCUAAUUUGAAUGAAACUAGCAACUCCGGCGCCCGUUCUGGAUCGCGUUCUUCUCCUCCAGUUAUUGAUGCAGUUGAAAAAAUCGAUGUUAAUCCUCCCAAAGGAACUAGGGAUUUCCCCCCAGAGGAAAUGCGCCUUCGUAGCUGGCUUUUCCAGAACUUCAGGGAGGUUUCUCAGUUGUUUGGCUUUGAAGAAAUCGAUUUUCCAGUUCUUGAGUCAGAAGCUUUGUUCAUUCGAAAAGCAGGCGAAGAAAUUAGAGACCAGCUUUAUUGUUUUGAGGAUCGAGGAAACCGCCGGGUUGCAUUGCGCCCUGAACUAACACCUUCACUGGCAAGACUUGUGAUACAAAAGGGAAAAUCUUUAUCCCUACCGAUAAAAUGGUUUGCUAUAGGACAGUGCUGGCGUUACGAGAGAAUGACCCGGGGACGGCGUCGCGAACAUUAUCAAUGGAAUAUGGAUAUCAUUGGUGUACCCGACGUUAUAGCUGAAGCAGAGCUUAUUUCUUCUAUUGUGACUUUUUUCAAGCGAAUUGGGAUAACCUCAUCCCAUGUUGGGUUUAGAGUUUCCAGUCGGAAGGUUUUACAAGAAGUUUUGAAGUGCUACUCAGUACCAGAAAAUAUGUUUGGCAAAGUUUGCAUCAUUAUAGAUAAGUUGGAAAAAGUUCCACUGGAUGAGAUUAAAAAAGAGUUGAGAUCAGCUGAGCUAUCAGAUACAGCUAUUGAUGAGCUAUUGCAGGUUCUCUCGGUCAAGUCUUUGGCGAAGUUGGAAGAAAAACUUGGAGCCACAGGAGAAGCAAUUGCUGAUCUGAAACAGCUUUUCUCGCUUGCGGAGAAAUUUGGUUUUUCUGAAUGGAUUCAGUUUGAUGCGUCUAUUGUCAGAGGUCUGGCCUAUUACACAGGAAUAGUUUUUGAGGGUUUUGACAGAGAAGGGAAGCUUCGAGCCAUCUGUGGAGGUGGAAGAUAUGAUAGCUUACUCUCGACUUUCGGUGGAGAUGACAUUCCUGCUUGUGGCUUUGGAUUCGGUGAUGCUGUCAUAGUGGAGUUGCUAAAGGAGAAGGGGCUUUUACCUGAACUUAAUCCUCAAGUGGAGAACAUAGUGUGCUCUCUGGACCCGGAUCUCCAAAGUGCAGCAGCUGGAGUGGCGUCCAUACUCAGGGGAAAGGGACAAAGUGUUGAUUUGGUCUUGGAGAACAAACCGUUGAAAUGGGUGUUCAAACGGGCAGCCCGCAUCAAUGCCCGCAGAUUGGUAUUGGUUGGGAAUGCUGAGUGGCAGAAAGGAAUGGUUGGCGUGAAAGUUCUUUCAUCCGGUGAACAAUACGAGGUUAAACUGGAUGAGUUGGAGUAGCAAAUUCUUGCAUAUUUUUUCUUUUCAAAAACCUCUCUCUAUUUUCCUUAUUCAUUUUUUAACUUAAGAUUAGAGGAUAUCCUUUUUUCUUUUCUUUUUGGGUAUGAUUUAAUUAGUAGUUUGAAGAACUAGGUGUUGUUCAUUGAAACUAAUAAUGAUAAUUGAACAUUUUCUUUGUUGUCCAUAUAAUUAACUAGUUGAGGCAUCUUUAUUAAGUGUAUUGGGUUUUAUCUCUA